UACCACUCGGAGUAAUUGCAUUAAUAUAUCAUCAAUUAAAAAUUGCAAAAUUCCGCUACAUGUGGUAGUGACCCAAGUCAAUAGUACAAUCGAAUUCAGGAAUGAAAUAAUAAAAAAAUAACCUCAAAAUGCGAGUUGAGUAUCAAUUUAUUUUCUUAAAUUCUGACAAAAUUGAUGAGUCUCGUUAUUUCUUAGACAUUUUGCUCUAUUCUGGUGUAAUUAGUUUUCAUUUUCAUUGAAAUAAAUGCCAUGAUGGUGAAGCUAGCCACAUGGAGCAGCCAACUUCAUUCAGUUGAGCUCAAAAACACAAAAACGUGUUGUACCCGGUUCUCGUGGCCGUGGGUUCGAAUGCAUCAUGACAAUUCUUGGUACAGCAAUAUUGAUUACUCAGUCAUUAUGUAAUAAAUUCAAUGCUGUUUAAAAAAUAUCCGGCAAGCCAUGACACCCGGACACUAGGUUGAUCCUCAAAAAUGUGGAUUUUGCGCUCAUCCAAAGAGUUCCAUCAAGUCACAACAAUCUUUCGAACAAAUCCCUGGAGGCACUCUCGGUAUAAACCCCUGGACAUCCUCAGACAUGUCCCCACAAUCUCAGUCCCUGUGGACCUUCCUCGUCCCUACACUGUAAAUAGUCCCCGCAAUGGCUUGACUUAUCACCAAAAAAGAUCGCUGAGUCUGGCAGCGAGGGUAGUUGACCUCUCGCCUCCAAAGGUCCAACCGUACAUGAAGCUCAUGAGGAUUGACAAACCAAUAGGCUCCUGGUUGUUGUUCUGGCCGUGCAGCUGGAGCAUCGCCAUGGCAGCACCCCCAGGGUGCCUUCCAGAUCCCCUCAUGCUGGGCCUCUUCGGUCUCGGGGCGUUCGUGAUGCGAGGGGCUGGCUGCACCAUCAACGACAUGUGGGACCAGGACAUCGAUAAGAAGGUAGCCAGAACAAAAAAUCGACCCCUGGUUGCUGGAGAUGUGACGCAGUUUCAAUCGUUGAUUUUUCUUGGAGGGCAACUCAGCGUUGGGCUUGCUAUUCUACUUCAGCUGAAUUGGUACAGCGUUAUUCUUGGAGCUAGUUCGUUAGGUUUAGUCAUAAUUUAUCCACUCAUGAAACGAGUGACGUAUUGGCCUCAGCUGGUCCUCGGUAUGACUUUCAAUUGGGGUGCACUGUUGGGAUGGUCAGCAAUACAGGGUACUUGUGACUGGUCCAUCUGCUUGCCACUGUACACUGCUGGAAUAUGCUGGACUAUUCUUUAUGACACUAUUUACGCCCAUCAGGAUAAGGCGGACGAUAUUCUCCUGGGGAUUAAAUCCACAGCUCUGAAAUUCAGCGAUCGGACUAAUGUAUAUUUAUCUGGAUUUGGAGCAUCGAUGAUUGCUAGUUUAAUCACAUCUGGGGUGAUGUCCGAUCAAACAUGGCCAUAUUAUACAGCUGUUGCUCUGGUUGCUGGACAUCUGGCGAACCAGAUAUCAACGCUGGACAUAAACAAUCCUCAGGAUUGCGCUGGGAAGUUCAUCUCCAAUAGCACGAUAGGAUUGAUUUUAUUCGCAGGGAUAGUAUUAGGAAAUCUAGUGAAAAAACCUAGGGAAAAUGAAUUGACCGAGGCGAUGACAGAUUUAACCAAAGACCCCGUUGUACAGAUUGAUUGAAUCCACUUAAGUCAUUGAAUGAGGAUUGUGACACAUCAAAAUAUUCGGAGAUACAGAUUCUAUGUUAAAGAACAUAUGCACUUCUGACCUCAUCCAGAAAUAUAAACAUGUAAUUUUGUUAAUAAAAUGUCUUGUUGAUAA